AUGUUCUCCGCCGCCCGCCAAUGCGCCCUACGAACUGCUCGAACUCGGCUUAGACAGUCGCAACCCGUCGCCGUCCCACAGUACUCGGCCUUUGCACGCUUGGCCUCAACUCUCGCGGUCCUCGAGCAAAAAGAUGGAAAGAUCGUAUCUCAGUCAUUGGCCGCCAUCACAGCCGGAACAAAGAUUGGAGGUUCCAUAACAGCCUUCGUUGCGGGCAAUGGAGUCAAGGCUGUCGCAGAAGAGGCUGCAAAGGCAAAGGGUGUGGAAAAGGUCAUCUACGUUGAGAAUGGCGCAUACGAUAAGUCUCUCCCCGAGAACUAUGCGCCCCUCCUGGUAGAGAACAUAAAGAAGGGCGGAUACACACAUGUCAUUGCCGGCCACUCGGCCUUUGGCAAGAACAUCAUGCCCCGCGUCUCGGCCCUCCUCGACUCGCAACAAAUAUCUGACAUUACUGGCAUUGAGAGCGAAGACACGUUUGUCCGACCAAUCUACGCCGGUAACGCCAUCAUGACCGUCCAAUCGUCCGACAGCACAAAGGUCAUCACCGUUAGAGGCACUGCAUUCCCCGCACCUGAGGCUGAAGGUGGAAACGCAACCGUUGAAGAGGGCGUUGACCCCAAGGCCGAGUGCCCGACUGAAUGGAUAUCCGAGGACCUCCAAAAAUCCGACCGACCCGAUCUCGGCUCAGCAGACAAGGUUGUGUCAGGAGGACGUGGUCUGAAAUCAAAGGAGGAGUUUGACAGGCUUAUGCCACCUCUAGCAGACGCACUUGGUGCUGCCAUUGGCGCUUCAAGAGCAGCAGUCGACAGUGGCUUCGCUGACAACAGCUUGCAAGUUGGACAGACUGGAAAGAAUGUUGCGCCGCAGCUCUACCUAUGCGCUGGUAUCUCCGGAGCUAUCCAACAUUUGGCUGGUAUGAAGGACAGCAAGGUCAUUGCUGCCAUCAACAAGGAUCCUGAGGCACCAAUCUUCCAGGUUGCUGAUGUUGGUCUUGUUGGCGAUCUCUUCGAAAAGGUCCCCGAGCUAACAGAGAAGCUCAAGUCGCAGUAG